AUGGUAGCACAAUACUCCGUAGAAGUUGGUCCUGCAGCUAAUGAACAUGAAACAGCCCCAAGAAGAAAUAUUAGAGUGGCAAAAGAACCUUUAAAGAGACCCAUUAAUAUGAAAUGUUCAACAGUAUAUGAAUUUGCUUUAGAAUGUUUCGAAAGAGGUGGUCGUAAAAAGGCCAUGGGUUGGAGAGAUGUUAUUGAUAUUCAUGAAGAGCAAAAAAUAGUGAAUAAAGUAAUUGAUGGUAAAGACACUCCAAUUGAAAAGACAUGGUUGUACUAUGAAUUAUCUCCUUACAGAUAUAAUACUUACCGUGAAUUAAUCAAAAUUAUGCAUAAUUUAGGUAGAGGUUUAGUAAAAAUUGGUUUAACUCCGGCAAGUGAUGAUAAAUUACAUAUCUUUGCCUCUACAGGACCUAAAUGGAUGAAAAUGUUUUUAGGUGCACAAUCUCAGGCUAUUCCAAUCGUUACAGCUUAUGAUACUCUUGGUGAAAGUGGUUUAACUCAUUCUAUGGUUCAAACAUGUUCCAAGGCAAUCUUUACAGAUAAUGCUCUACUAGCGAACUUAAUUGGUCCAAUCCAGAAAGCUACUGAUUUGAAAUAUAUUAUUCAUUCUGAUGCCAUUGAUCCAGAAGAUAAGAGACAAAAUGGUAAAAUUUAUCAAAAUGCAAAAGAUGCCAUUGAUAAAAUUAGAGAAGUUAGACCAGAUAUUGAAAUAUUUAGUUUCAUUGAAUUGAUUGAAUUAGGUAAAUCUGCCAAAAAUGAAAUUGUACCACAUCCACCACAAUCAGAAGAUCUUUCAUGUAUUAUGUACACUUCAGGUUCGACCGGUGAUCCAAAAGGUGUCGUCUUGAAACAUUCAAACAUUGUUGCCGGUAUUGCUGGUGUUGGUCAUAACGUUUAUCCUCAAAUUGGUGAAAAUGACAGGAUUGUUGCAUUUUUACCGUUGGCACAUAUCUUCGAAUUGGUAUUUGAAAUGGAAGCCUUCUUUUGGGGUGGUAUCCUUGGUUAUGCCACUGUCAAGACUCUAACAAAAGCAUCCGUAAGAAAUUGUCAAGGUGAUUUGGCAGAAUUUAAACCUACCCUCAUGGUUGGUGUUGCUGCCGUUUGGGAAACCGUCAGAAAAGGUAUUCUAGGCCAAUUGAAAUUACAACCAGCAAUUACUCAAAAGGUUUUUUGGUCUGCAUAUAAUACCAAAUUAAAAUUAGACAAAUACGGGUUACCUGGUGGUAACGCUAUAGGUAACUUGAUCUUCAAAAAAGUCAGAGAGGUAACAGGUGGCCAAUUAAGAUAUAUUUUAAAUGGUGGAUCUCCAAUUAGUAGAAGCGCCCAAGAGUUUUUAUCAAAUUUAUUGUGUCCAAUGUUAAUUGGUUAUGGUCUGACCGAAACAGUCGCUUGUGCUGCUGUCUUAGAGCCGGAUCAUUUUGAAAUUGGUAUCACUGGUGACUUAACUGGUGCCAUCACAGCUAAAUUGGUCGAUGUUGAGGAAUUAAACUACUUCGCAAAAAAUAAUCAAGGUGAAUUAUGGAUCAAAGGUGAUCCUGUCCUUCCAGAAUACUAUAAGAAUCCAGAAGAAACGCGUGCUGCAUUAACUGAAGAUGGCUGGUUUAAGACAGGUGAUAUUGCUGAAUGGACUCCAUCGGGUCAAAUCAAGAUCAUUGACAGAAAGAAGAAUCUAGUCAAAACAUUGAAUGGUGAAUAUAUUGCAUUAGAAAAACUAGAAUCCAUCUACAGAUCAAAUCAAUACGUGCAAAAUAUUUGUGUUUAUGCUGAUGUUAGUCAAGUUAAACCAGUUGGUAUUGUUGUACCAUCCAUACCCGAAGUUACUAAAUUAGCCAAAUCAUUAGGCAUCUUAAAAGCCAAGGAUGAUUCUGCUGAAAAUCAUUUACAAAAUCCAAAAUUAGUUCAAGCAGUACAUAAUGACAUGUUAAAGACAGGUAAGUCAUUAAAGUUAGCUGGUAUCGAACUAUUGGCUGGUAUAGUUCUAUUUGAUGGCGAGUGGACUCCAGAAAACGGUUACGUCACCUCUGCACAAAAAUUGAAAAGAAAUGAUAUCUUUUCAGAGGUUAAAGAGCAAGUAAAUUCUGUCUAUGCGCAUGUCAGGUAA